ACCAUCAAUACCGGACCCGCCCCCGCUGUGGUAGCAGACUACGAUGCGAUUGUUGUGGGUGGAGGUCCUUCUGGUUUGGCUGCUGCGAGCGCUCUGGCACGGGUCCGCAGACGGGUGUUGAUGAUUGAUUCGGGCGAGUACCGGAAUCAGUACACGCGGCGGGUUCAUGAUGUGUUGGGUUUUGAUGGUAAUGCCUACUUCCGCUGGAGAGCCCGUCAACAAAUCUUGGAAUAUCCUACUGUCAAGUUGACCAACGGCACUGUCACCAAGAUUGAAUCCACUGGAGAUGCCAAGCUCACUUCGUUCAGCGUCACAGCCAACUUUACUUCUGAUGGCAACCUGACGACGGUAACUGCUCGCAAGAUUAUUCUUGCGACUGGGCUGCGCGAUAUUGUGCCACCAGGUCUGUUGGAAAGCUGGGGCAAGGGAAUCUAUUGGUGCCCGUGGUGUGAUGGCUUUGAACACGCCGAUCAGCCAUAUGGUAUCCUGGGGCCUCUUGACAAGUCGGGCAACACUCCCCUCGAGACCUUGACGCUCAACAAGGAUGUGAUUAUAUUUGCCAAUGGCACCGACACACCCGAGAACCGUGCAAUUGUGGAAGGCAAGCUACCGGGCUUCGAGACUUGGUACAAGGUCCACAAUAUAACUGUUGAUAACCGGACCAUUGUCUCGGUGGAGCGUCUCAAGGACGCCGGUCUACUGAACGAGGACCCCAGCAAGGCCACGCUGCCAGAACAUGACCUGUUCCAAGUCAACUUUAGCGAAGGAGAGCCCGUGCAACGCGCCGCGUUUGUGACCAAUUGGCCUAGCGAGCAAAAAUCCAGUGUGGGUGCGGAUGCUGGCGUGUGGCUCUAUGGAGGCAAACUUGCGGCGAAUAUGUCAGCCGGCAUGAUCACCAACGUUCCUGGUAUCUAUGCGGUUGGUGAUGCCAACUCGGACAACUCGACCAAUGUCCCUCAUGCCAUGUGGAGCGGCAAGCGUGCUGUAGUCUCCCUCCACGUGACACUCGAGACGGAGAACGCGAAAGCUCAGAUUGCGGCGGCCGGGGUCCACAAGAGAGCAUUCAUCGAGGAGGACGAGAGAAAGGUGUGGGAGAGAAUGGAGGAUGGGGUGCUUCAUGCAGGUCCUUUUGAGCGCAUGUAGUGUCAUGAUGUCGAGGUCAUGAAAAAAUACGUUCUCAUGAAGGAGACAUCCACUCAAUCGCAUAUGCGCCUAUCCCAGUACCAGCCACUAUCCGCGGAGAGCAAGUAGUAGCGUCUUGACGAGCAGCACAUUUCUC